AUGUUACUGGCAAAACACGGGGCAUUCUAUCAUGCUUAUGGCCCCGAGUGUGACACCAUUGAUAGCCAUCGAGGUAGGACUAAGCGAGAGGAUGACUAUAAGAUUGGAGAACGCCGGACCCAAAGCUGGUCAUGGGGUGCCGACUUUGAUCAUCGAAUUAAAGUCGAGUCGAGUGUAGUUGGAGCAAUGGCUUCUGCUUCAUCAUCUCCCAGAGUCAUCAUCAUUGGAGCUGGAAUGUCAGGAAUUUUAGCAGCAAAGACCCUGCAUGAUUCUGGAAUUCAAGAUAUACUGAUUUUAGAAGCAAACAGCAAGAUUGGUGGUCGGAUUCAUAGAGCUCAAUUUGGAGGACACACUGUCGAGUUGGGGGCAAAUUGGGUUAUUGGUGGAGGUCCUAGGUCUAAUCGCUUGUAUGAAAUUGCUAACAAACUCAAGCUUAAGACCUACUUAUCAGAUUUUGGAAAUAUCUCAGCAAACAUCUACAAACAAGAAGGUGGAUUAUACCCUAAGCGUAUAGUCAGUGCGGCAUUAGAAGUUGCUGAAGCAAGGGAUCAAUUCUGCUCAAACUUUUCUACUAGACUAUCUUCACCGGGACACAAUCAUGAUGAUGUGUCGAUAUUGGUAUCGCAGCGCCUAUUCAAGCAGGUGCCGACGACUCCACUUGAAAUGGUUAUAGACUAUUUCUACAACGAUUACGAAGAUGCAGAACCUCCAAGAGUGACGAGUUUAUUGAACACAAUUCCUCGAUAUGAGUUUUUAGACUUUGGGGACCAAACUUAUUUCUUGGCUGACUCAAGAGGCUUUGAGAGUAUAGUUCUUUACAUUGCCAAGCAGUUUCUCUCGCACAAACAUGAAGCAAUAAGGGAUCAGAGGCUCAAGUUAAACAAGGUGGUUAGAGAGAUCAAUUAUUCUAAGACUGGAGUUCGAGUUAAAACUGAAGAUGGUUAUAUGUACCAAGCCAAAUAUGUGAUUGUCUCUGUGAGCGUUGGGGUACUUCAAAGUGACCUCAUUGUGUUCAAGCCACACUUACCUGAUCUCUUAAACGUGAAGCAGCAAUGGAAAACACUGGCAAUAUAUGAUUUUGAUAUGGCUGUAUACACCAAGAUAUUCCUGAAAUUCCCUAGCAAGUUUUGGCCCUCUGGACCCGGCACACAAUUCUUCCUCUACGCCCACGAAAAACGCGGAUACUACCCAAUAUGGCAGCACUUGGAGACUGAAAUGCCAGGAUCGAACAUUUUAUUUGUUACGGUAACAGAUGAAGAAGCAAAGAGGAUAGAGCAGCAACCGGAUAUUAAAAUCCAAGAGGAAAUCAUGGAUGUGCUGAAAAAAAUGUUCGGUAACAACAUCCCACAACCAGAAGACAUUCUUAUACCCAGAUGGUGGUCCAACAGAUUCUUCAAGGGUAGCUUCUCAAAUUGGCCUAUUGGAUAUAGUCAACGAAGACACAUGCAACUGAAGGAACCUGUUGGUCCAAUUUAUUUUAGUGGGGAGCACACCUAUUCUAGAUACUUGGGAUAUGCUGAUGCUGCAUAUUUUGCAGGUGGAAAUUCAGAUGUCAUGGACUGCCAAAUUAGAGCAUCAGGAGAUUAUCCUCUGUCUGAAUUUGGAAUAUUGACGUAUUGUUUAUUUUGUACCAACGAGUACUAUAUUGAAUUUCAUCCAUUGAAACAAUGUGAAGUUAAUGAUGAGUUUCAAUAA